AUGCCAGGCCCGGCCGUGGACGCGGACAAGGUCCCCUUCCGCAGCGCCAAGGAGGAGAUCCGUGCGGGGGUCGGGGUCGAGGGCUCGGAGGGCGGCGGCGGCGGCCGGGAGAGGCCCGGCGCGCGCGGGCACCGGCAGGACAUCGUCUGGCGGAACGUGUUCCUGAUGAGCCUGCUCCACUUGGCGGCCGUGUACUCCCUGGUGCUCAUCCCCAAAGCCCAGCCGCUCACUCUGCUCUGGGCCUACUUCUGCUUCCUCCUGACUGCUCUGGGUGUGACAGCUGGUGCCCAUCGUUUGUGGAGCCACAGGUCCUACAAGGCCAAGCUGCCCCUGAGGAUAUUUCUGGCUGCUGCCAACUCCAUGGCUUUCCAGAACGACAUCUUCGAGUGGUCGAGGGACCACCGAGUCCAUCACAAGUACUCGGAGACGGAUGCUGACCCGCACAAUGCCCGCCGGGGCUUCUUCUUCUCCCACAUCGGCUGGCUAUUUGUCCGCAAGCAUCGGGACGUCAUUGAGAAGGGGAGGAAGCUUGACGUCACCGACUUGCUGGCUGACCCCGUGGUCCGGUUCCAGAGAAAGUACUACAAGAUCACCGUGGUGCUCAUGUGCUUCGUAGUCCCCACGCUGGUGCCCUGGUACAUCUGGGGAGAGAGCCUGUGGAACUCCUACUUCCUGGCCUCCAUCCUGCGCUACACCAUCUCACUCAACGUCACCUGGCUGGUCAACAGCGUCGCCCACAUGUACGGAAACCGGCCCUAUGACAAGCACAUCAGUCCUCGGCAGAACCCGCUCGUCACCCUGGGUGCCAUUGGUGAAGGUUUCCAUAACUACCAUCACACCUUUCCCUUUGACUACUCUGCGAGUGAAUUUGGCUUAAAUUUCAACCCAACCACCUGGUUCAUUGACUUCAUGUGUUGGCUGGGGCUAGCCACUGACCGCAAACGGGCAACCAAGCAGAUGAUCGAAGCCCGGAAAGCCCGGACUGGAGACGGGAGCGCCUGACUU